CAUCGUCGUCGUCGUCGUCGUCAUCAAGGUGACCUUCCUGGACAAAUUUUCCAUCGAAAUUCACUUUCCCACACACGUACCUUGGCUCGGUGAAUUCUCGCUCAGCUCUAGAGGGUUGCAGCAAGUUGUUUUCGAUACCGAUCCAUCCACUCGUUGCUGCCGCCGGGUCUUCUAUCGAGAAGUAUUUACCCAGUUUAGUUACUCCUAGUCGAUAUCUGGUAUCGGACGUGUUUCGUGCAUCAGUCGCGAUAAGUAAGAAGUUACCCUACCCCAGAAAAAAAAAUUGUAUUCCGUUUUCUUCUGGUUUUGUUUCUGUGAGUGCAAUCGUAGGUAAUCAAUAAAAUUCGUCUCCCAACUACUGCGUGACAGGAUCUGAGCUCGGGUUUGUUACGGUUCAGGAAAGGUUAAACCUGUGCGGCCACUAUCAAAAUAUAAAUAUUUUCUUUGUCCAAGCAAAUUAGAGUUCUCUCUCCUCCUCAAGUGUGGCUGGCUGGCUGUACGACGUACUUGUAUACGCCGUUUAUCAUCAAUCGGAUCGCGAUCGUGUGUUCAAUAAGUAUAAUAUAUGUGUAGAGUAUAACAACAGAGUAUAGUUUAUAGAGCUGUUUAGGUUCAGUCGGAGGCAAAAAAGGUAGAAUUAUAGUGGAAUCAACGAAACGGUCUCACAAUCUGUGAAACGAAUCGACUGAACUGAACGCAACCAACGGUGUGUUUUGUGUGGCAGCCCACCAUAGACGGGGAGUUGCUUGUCUGUAGUCUGUAUACAUCAGGAAAUAGCAUUUCGCAAAAAAGCUUGUUUAGUGCUGAGCUAAACCUUGCGGCAACUAGAAGGCGCUCCUCUAGAGUGUGAUACCUGUGAAAUCGAGUCGAGUCGGUGAAGUGCGUGUGUGCCAUCAAUCUAUCUAUCCAGGAAUCACCCUUAACUUUGUGCCUCCGGCAAAGUGCUCACCCAGAAAGGUGUUUAAUCCCAUCAAGAAAUCGGAUAAAACGGAUACCAACCGGAGGAACAGAUAACCCGAACCAUCCCAGGAGCAGCAGCAAACCCCUAGGAAAGCAAAAUGGAUUUGGUUAAACCCUUCAUGAACCUGCAGGUGGAUCGAGUCAGCAAAGAAAUCCGUGAACAAUGCCAGGAACUCAUACUAUCAGACAAACAGAUCGAAGAGAUCAUGAGGCGGGUGCUAAAGGAAAUCAACACCGGUCUCAAGAAAGAAACACAUCCCUCAGCCGACGUCAAGUGUUUCAUCACCUACGUUCAAGAUCUGCCCAAUGGAAAAGAGAAAGGCAAAUUCCUGGCGCUGGAUCUCGGCGGGACCAACUUCCGGGUGCUGCUGAUCCACCUCAAGGAUGAGAACGAUUUCGAGAUGCUGUCGAAAAUCUACGCCAUUCCACAAAGUAUUAUGCUGGGCAGUGGGACGCAACUGUUCGAUCACAUAGCGGAAUGUUUAGCCAAUUUUAUGAAGGAACAUUCAGUGAACACCGAGCGGCUACCUCUAGGCUUCACCUUUUCAUUCCCGCUAACGCAGUUAGGUCUCACCAAAGGUAUUCUGGCCCGAUGGACCAAGGGUUUCAACUGUUCCGGCGUCGUCGACGAGGACGUCGUCCAGCUGCUGAAGGACGCCAUCGCCAGACGAGGGGACGUUGCAAUAACUGUGAUGGCAAUUCUGAACGAUUCGACCGGAACUCUGAUGUCGUGUGCGCAUAGCAAUCACAAUUGUCGAAUUGGAGUCAUAAUUGGAACCGGAAGUAAUGCAUGCUACGUGGAGCGAGUGGAGAACUGCGACAUGUUUGAUGGCGUCCGGGAUCCGAGCAAAAAGCACGUCCUGAUCAACACCGAGUGGGGUGCGUUCGGCGACAACGGGGCGCUGGACUUUGUGCGGACCGAGUACGAUCGGGAGAUCGAUCACUACAGUAUAAACAAGGGCCGGCAGAUCCAGGAGAAGAUGAUCUCCGGUAUGUACAUGGGCGAGCUGGCUCGCCUCGCUAUCGUCAAGUUCACCAAGGCCGGAUUGCUGUUCGGAGGCGUCGGUUCCGACAUCCUCUUCAAGCGGGGCCAGUUCUUCACCAAGUACGUUUCGGAAAUCGAGUCGGACAAACCGGGCACCUACACGUACUGCCGCGACGUGCUGGACGAGUUGGGUCUGGACCACGCCACCGAUGAGGAUUGUGCCAACGUGCGCUUUAUCUGCGAAUGCGUAUCGAGCCGGGCCGCCCAUCUGGUGUCCGCCGGAAUUGCCGCCCUCAUCAACAAGAUGGACGAGAAGAGCGUAACCGUCGGCGUUGACGGUUCGGUGUAUCGCUUCCACCCGAAAUUCCACGAUCUGAUGGUGCAGAAGAUCAGACAGUUUGUGAAGCCGGAUAUCAGCUUCGACCUGAUGCUGUCCGAGGAUGGUUCCGGUCGUGGGGCAGCGCUUGUGGCAGCAGUAGCGUGUAGAGAAUCGUCAUAAAUGCCAGCUAAUGGGUUAAGAAUUGAGACACACACACGAACACAAAAAAGAAAGCUAGAAACGUCCCCGCCCCUAUUGUGUGGCCGGGCGUUAAUCUUAAAAGGCCCCGCCCUCCCAUCAUCUACCACAUAAACACAAACAAAAACACACACACACAACAAACUACUACACUAGUGAUUUAGAAAAUAAUAAUUAAUUUAAAGCUAGAAUCAAACAAAAAAAAACUACAAAUUAAACCCACAACCACGUUUUGAAUUGAAAUUUGAGGAAAUUAUAAGAAGGAAAAACAAAACAAUUGAAAAUCAGCAGAAUAAGAGUGGAAACAACUAUUAAACAAAUACAUAACCGUAAUAGAGAAAAUUUUAAGCAUGUGUAACAAGCAAGACAAAACAAUUACUGGAACACGUUGCAGGAAUGAUGAUUAGCAAAUGUUUAACGCAAGCAAAGAUAUUGUUAAUUAUUUAUUAAACAGUGGCAUGAAUCGAGAGCAGCGGACUUCAAAUAGGAGGCAACAGAAAGAGGAAAAACAUAUUGUGAAUGCAGAGCAAAUUGUUUCUAUUAACAAUUGAGUUUAGCUGUACAUUAACUAGUUUUAUGUGGAAAGAUUUUAAUAAUAUACUAUAAUUAUACCUUAAAACAAAUUUGUGGCGCGAGCAAAUCUACGGAUUUCGUUUCGAUUUUUUUUUUUUAGAUAAUUAUUUGUUUCUAUAGUUUACCCAGGGUAAAUCAGGUCAAACCAACAACAACGAUUCCUAUUGUAAAUAACGUUCUUUUUUCAGACUUUGAACAUCUCGGCCAAUUUAUUUGACACGACAAUUGAAAAAAACGAAAACAAACCCAAACUUUAACUAUUAUUAGCAUGGUAAUCUGUCGGAGACUACAGCUCCACUCUCCACUCCAUCGAAACUUGUCCUCUAUAUUGAUGAUUUGGUUAAGUUUUAUUUUUAAUAUAAUUUAUAAUAAUGUGGACAGCGAAGCUGCUAGGAAAAAAAAAUGGCUAAACAAAACGUGUUUUUGAAUACAGUGGGACAAAAGCAGAUAUUCGCAAUGCAUUAUCUGGAAGCGAAUGAAGCAAAGUUACAGUUCAAAUGAAAUAAAAUCGGAAGAAUAACUGGAAACAAAAAAAAAUAAUAAAGAAUGUAAAACGCUUUUUCUGUGCAAAGUUAGUUUUGCUACCUGGCUAGCGGGGAAAAGUUGACUGUCGUCCAAUAAACUAGGAUGAAUUCCUGGGGGAAACGAAUCGUGGACAAGGAAGAAUGCAAAGUAAAAAUAAAGUAUAUCAGGAGAAAAUAAAACGAAAAGCCAGAAAUGAAGUGAAAUAAAAAUAAAUAGAAAACCAAUAGCGAAGUGUACAAUAUUAAAUUAAUAAACAAACAAACAAAAAAAAACAAGAACCGCGAGGGAUAGUUACAAUGAAAAAACUACUAUGGAAAUUGUAAUUAUCUCUAUCUGGCAAGCAGAAAAUAUAAGAAAAAGAAACCCUAUUAUAAUACUGUUGACAGUGAAAAAGAGGAAAAUAAAGAAAAUGCUAUUGAGUUAGUAGAUUA